AUGGCGGCACCAACAGAGCAGCGAAUCGCAGUUCCCAUAGACGACCCCAAUGCCGAUACAGAAUGGAACGACAUCCUCCGCAAGCACGGCGUCAUCCCCGAGAAGCCGCCCUCCCCGACCCCGCUCAUUGAAGAAGCCAUCCUGGAAGCGCGGCGAAUAGCGCACGAGAACCGGCUCGAAGGCAAAGACCUCUCGGACCUCUCGGACCUCGAAGACGAAGAAGACGAGGCCUUCCUCGAGACCUACCGGCAGAAGCGCAUGCAGGAGCUCGCCGCGCUGCAAAAGACAUCUGUGCACGGCUCCGUCUACCCGCUCUCCAAGCCCGACUACGAGCGCGAGGUGACGGAGGCCUCGCAGGCCGGGCCCGUACUGGUCAACCUGGCCUCGCCCCAGGGCAGCAACGUCGAGUCGCGCGUGCUGUCGGAGCUCUGGCGCCAGGCGGCGCGCGAGUACGGCGACAUCAAGUUCUGCGAGAUGCGCGCCGACAAGGCCAUCGAGGGCUACCCGGAACGCAACUGCCCCACAAUUCUAGUCUAUAGCAAGGGGGAAAUCGUCAAGCAGGUGGUCACGCUGGCCACGGUAGGUGGGGUCCGGAUGAGCAUGCUGGACUUGGAUAACAUCUUGGUUGAGGUGGGGGCGUUGAAGGACGACGAUAUCCGUGUGUUGAAGCGCAGGAGGGCGGCGGAGGAUGCCGAAGAGGAGAGGGCUGCGGGUGGCAGCAGGGGUAUCAAGAGUAGCCGAGAUGGGAUGAAACCCAGCGAUGACGAUGAUGAUUGGGAUUGA